CGAACCGAGACCGGCGGAGAGCAGUGAGCAUGUCUGAUCAGGAAGCUAAACCAUCUAGUGAGGAUCUAGGAGACAAAAAAGAAGGAGGGGAUUAUAUCAAACUCAAAGUCAUCGGGCAGGACAGCAGUGAAAUUCACUUCAAGGUAAAGAUGACAACGCAUCUCAAAAAGCUGAAAGAGUCAUAUUGUCAGAGACAGGGCGUUCCAAUGAAUUCUCUCAGGUUUUUGUUUGAAGGGCAAAGAAUCUCAGAUCACCAGACUCCUAAGGAGCUCGGAAUGGAGGAAGAGGAUGUUAUUGAAGUUUAUCAGGAACAGACUGGGGGGCACUCGACAAUUUAAAUUUUCACUCACCCUCCAUUUAUUUUUUAAUUAUUAUUUUAUACUUUUUUUUUUUUUGGUAAUGUUUACCUCUCCUCCCCACUUGGUACUCUGUCUCCUUUCAUGUUAUCAGCCAGAUGUCUGUGGCACCUAUAUCAUCAUUAUCUUCAUUAGUAUGAGAAAAGUUGCAUCGGAAAAUCUCCCCAGUCCAGACCAUUUUUUUCUUCACCUAUUGGUCUUCAAGGAUAUUGGUUGGAAUUUACAUUCUAAAAUGACUUGGUUGCUUGAGACACGAGGAGAGUAUAUGCUGGGGAUUUAGGAAGAAGAACGUUUUUUGGGGAAUUCUUGCACUUCAGAUCAUUGAAUAAACCGUUCACCAUUACUGUUAUCGUUCCAGCGCCUGCCUAGAAGAUGUAGGAGUUGUGUUUUUAGAUACAAGUUGUCAUGCAACCACCCCUUAUGAAAUGUUCGCUGUAUCUUUUAUUUUUGGGGGGCAUGGGUUUUAAAAAAAGAAAAAAUUUAAAAAAAAAAUACUUGUCUGUAUUGGCUUAAUUCAAGUUGAAGUUAUAUUAAAAAAAGCAAAAACAUUUG